AUGCGCACUUAUGGAAAUGGAAAAGCCGUUGCAAUUGCUGAUGACGUGAUGUGUGUCCAAGGUAUAUGGCGUGCAAACACCGCGUUUGCUCUGUUGCAGUUCGAUUCGGAGGCUCUGGCUAAUAGAUGGAGGCAAAGUGAUCCACAAUUUCGACACAACGACUGGCUUGAUGAUCACGACAUCUGGGUGCUACCUCUGAAUCAGGAACUGAAUGAUGACGUGUAUUUCCAGCUGGACCUGUUUGGAGUUUGUAACAAAGAGAAGUUAGAAGAAGACUUCAUUCCCAAGUGGCUGGAUGGAAUUAGCAAAAAUGGUGGCCACCCCGGGGUCAGUUGCACUGGCAGUGUGAAGGUAUGGAGAGGAGUACAUGAUGCAGACUAUGUGGUUUUGAGCCAAUGGCCAAGUGAGGAGAACUUUAAGCAGUGGUACGAAAGCGAAGAAGCAAAGCAAUUAAGAGAAUUUCAAGAACAUUCCAGUGGUUGUUGUACUUUGCUCGCACGGAUGAAGAUGUACACCUAAGCAUAUGGAGGCAGAAAAAUGAGAGCAUAAACGUCAAAAACUACUCGACACAGACAUCAGGGAUCACACGUAUUUUGGAACAAUACACACUCCUAAACCAACUUCCAAACGUCUCAGAUCGACGUACUCAUCAG